UGAGGCUUCCUACAUGCUUGUUCGUCCUGCAGAGUGUGCUCUGAGGCCUCCUACGUGCUUGUUCGUCCUGCAGAGUGUGCUCACAAUAAUGUGGCCUCAAAUUUAUGAAGUCGUGGAUCGUUCAACAGUGGGUCAUCAAUGAGCUUAUAGCUAUGGUAUUCUGCGAGCUGCUCCUGUGUCAUCACACCAGUUCGACAACACGUCAUGUAUUCAUGUGCGUCAUUCCUCCUUUCUAUCACGAGCCCCUAUAAAGUUUGGGUCUUUAUAACACUCCACCGGCCCCACUCUCCUCACCGUCAACUUCACACCAUGGACAAAUUAUCUUCUGUUAUUGCUGCUCUCGCCGCAGGCAAGCUCCCCACCCAGAAGCAGGUGGAUACUGCAAUCGACUGGACACUCCAGAAUAUUGUCGCCAGCGUCGAAUCUCCCGAAACAGGAAAGAUCAGCGAGCCGGGCAAAGUUCUUGCGCGCGCUAUACAAGACCUCCUCAUUGCCUAUAAAAAACUUGGGAACAAUAAAAAUUAUGACAACCUCUUGCAACAAGUUCUCUGGCACCUCUCUGAGGGAGAUUUCUCAGACAUGCGUGUAGAAGCAAUUGAUAUAGAUGAAGCUUCUUCCGAUAUCCAUUCCAUCCGCUCCACCAUUCGUACUCUUCUACACAUUCUGUGGACAAACGUCAGCGAUGAAGGAAAUGUCCUCCUGAAUGACUUUGCGUCCUUUGCGCGUCUGGCGAUGGCUGACCUCGCAGGGGGUAUUGAAACCGGAGCCGUUUACACCAAGCAAAGCAUACGCGAGCUCGAUACAGAGGUGCAGCAAGGUGAACGGGACAAUCUGGGGCGCAAGCUAAAGACCCCUGAAGAAAUUGAGCGGGAGCGCGAGGAGGACAUGAAGGCGAAAUUUGAGAACACGAUGGAUACCGCAAAAGAGGCCGGACUCAAGGGUAUAGGCGUUGGGCAAAAGGUGAAGGCAUCCGCUGAAGAAAUGGCUGAGCGCACACGUAUUCGCCUGCAGGAGACCUAUUAUAAUAUCUGUGAACGUGCGCAGAAGGACGAAGACUAUCACCGCGCCAUCUCCACACUUUUCAACAUCGUGUCGAAGUGGAUCAACAAAUCUCUUGACACUGCUGCUAAUAUUAAUCAGUCUACGUCGCUCGAGUCCCUCAUUGACGAUCCAUCAAAAGAUAAGCAUGUGCUUAAAGCCCUUCAUGGCAUACGCACUCUCGUCGAGCGCGCCGCUGGUGGUAAGUCCUUGAAUGACGUCAUCGCCAAGGCCCGUCUGUGCGCUGUACACGUCAGGAAUGACGAGGACCUAAAGAAGUGGUUCAACGAUUUCUUCGCUCAUGUCCGGAAGAGUCUCGAUGAACCUGCCUAUGCACGAUCAGAAGAAGCUCGUCACAUGCACCAACAGCUAGGGGAGCGCUGGAGGCAGCUUCUUGACCAAGACUCAAAUGCAGCGCGCAAGUGGAAAGAGGAUGUGCAGGCUCUCAGGGAGGAGCUUCAUGAGUUCCAACAGGCGAUCUCAAGAGAUGUAGACCUGCAGCGUGUGCGGAAGGCACAUGCUACGUUUGGUCAAGACUUGGCGCAGAGCGUUGGCACGGGCGGACGCAUUGGUAUGCAGUUUGCCCUCGAUCAGGCCUCAUGGUUCUGGCAGGACGUGUUCAACGUUUAUGCACCACGCCUCUUGCGCGUUAUCGAGGACAUUCCGACUCCACGAACCGAGUAUGUUGAUAAUGAGAUCGAAUUUGUGCUCGAGAAUUUCAACAUCUCGUCGUUGAGCUUGCUUCCUGGGCACGUCUACAUUCGCAAUAUCACUGACGUCGACAUCACUGCCCCCGCUGGGCCGCAGUCAACCACCACUGCCAUUGGCACACUCACACACAUCCGGAUGCAAGCAGUCCAGCUCGCGCUUCAAGAGGUAUCAUUCUUCUACAGGGACAAGACUGCUAUUGUCGGGCCCAAGGACUUCACAGGUCUCAUGGAGUUUAGUCUGCCACCAAAGGGUAUCGAUAUCGAUCUCAAGUUCCGCUUGAUCCCAAACACGCCCGAAGGUCUCCGGGAGCGUGAGCUUCUUGGACGCUUCUUUAAGAUCGAGCGCAUCGAGGUGAACGUGGCGGAAGAUAUCAACUUGCAAGUCAAGCAGUCCAACCAUCCCAUCCUCGCAUCCGUCUUCAGGCCUGUCAUCAUGCUUCGUUUCCGCGAGGCGAUUUCACGCACCCUCGAAGAGCAAAUACGGGGGUUGUUCGAUACUGCCGAUGCUUUGGCGUUUGAUAUUGGACGACGCUCAGAGGUGUUCGAGGAUGCUGGACUUGGGACUACGUCAUCUGUCGUUGCUGCAAUGUGGAGCGAGAUAGGGAAGCUCCGGCGGAUGGAGAGUGGCUUGCUAUCUGGUUGGAGAGCAACUGGGACAGGAAUUGUCAAGGAUGAUUUGGCUGGCAACGCAAAGAUCGCGAUGGGCGCGGAACCACAGAUUCUUGCGGGGGAGAAGAGAGGUCCCUUGGGAACUCAUGCAGAGCCGCUUGCAGAAAGGAUUCAUGGUGCGGAAGUCGGAGGUGUCUUGGAAGGUGCGACGACUGCCGUUGAACAGGUAGAGCAGGUCGGCAAGGAAGGUUUAAAGCAGGUGCAGAGUUUCAAGGAAAGCGUCGAACAUAAGAAGAGGGAGGAGGAGAAGCGGAGGGGAUGGCAGAGUCCAGCAUUCGAUUUCUAAUCAUCGAUCGUUGUAUACUUUUCAUUUCUUUCUCAGUCUUCAUUAUGUAUGUUUACAAGC